AUGAAGUCGUAUAGGUUGUCAGAACUGGGCGGUGCUGAGCUUCGCAGUCUCGUGGCUCGCCCUCGUAUCGAUUUCUCUUCUGCCUUCGCUCUGGUCAACCCCAUUGUUGACCAUGUUCGACAGAGAGGCGAUGCUGCUGUCAAAGAAUAUACUUUGAGAUUCGACAAAGUUCAAUUGGAUAACAUUGUUCAACUUGUCUCCGACCUUCCAGAUCCACUGCUUGAUGCACAUGUUAAGGAAGCUUUCGAUAUCGCUUACGGCAAUAUAUACGCCUUUCAUGCUGCUCAGAGAACACCUGAAACUAAUGUUGAGAAUAUCAAAGGAGUCCAAUGCAAGCGAAUUUCAAGAAGUAUUAAUUCUGUGGGUCUUUAUGUUCCAGGGGGAACUGCUGUACUACCUUCAACAGCCCUGAUGCUUUCAGUUCCUGCACAGAUUGCUGGAUGUAAAACUGUUGUUCUUGCUACUCCUCCAGCUCAGGAUGGGACUAUAUGCAAGGAGAUAGUGUAUUGUGCAAAGAAGGCAGGGGUUACUCACAUCCUCAAAGCUGGAGGUGCUCAGGCCAUAUCUUCCAUGGCUUGGGGAACAGAAACCUGUCCCAAGGUUGAGAAGAUUUUUGGCCCAGGAAACCAAUAUGUCACAGCUGCAAAAAUGAUUCUGCAAAACAGUGAAGCCAUGGUUUCAAUAGACAUGCCAGCUGGUCCAUCUGAAGUUUUAGUUAUUGCUGACAAGCAUGCGAUUCCUCGUCAUGUAGCUGCUGAUUUGCUUUCUCAGGCUGAGCAUGGCCCUGAUAGUCAGGUUGUGCUCGUGAUUGCUGGUGAAGGCGUGGAUCUGAAUGCUAUAGAGGAGGAGCUCAGCAAGCAGUGCCAGAGUCUCCCAAGAGGAGAGUUCGCUGCUAAAGCCCUGAGCAACAGUUUUAUUGUUCAUGCACAUGAUAUGCUUCAGUCAAUCAAUUUCUCAAACUUAUAUGCACCUGAGCAUCUAAUUGUCAAUGUGAAGAAUGCAGAGAAGUGGGAGAGUUUUAUUGAGAAUGCAGGCUCUGUAUUUUUAGGGCCGUGGACACCCGAGAGCGUUGGUGAUUAUGCAAGUGGGACAAAUCAUGUUCUUCCCACUUAUGGUUAUGCAAGGAUGUAUGGUGGUGUUUCAUUAGAUUCUUUCUUGAAGUACAUAACAGUGCAAUCUCUCACAGAAGAGGGCCUGAGAAAACUUGGGCCAUAUGUAGCAACCAUGGCAGAAGUUGAAGGUCUUGAUGCCCACAAGCUAGCAGUUACCCUAAGACUUGAGGACAUAGAAGGCAGGCAGGUUUCAACAUGA